AUGGUGGGGAAGAAGAGACAAUAUUAUGGUUUCAAUGGCUUCCAUAUGCCCCCAGUUCCCAGGGCUCCGAGAUCAGCUAGAGGGAGGGGUUUGAAUAAGAAGAAAAAUGAGGAUAGUCAAAUAUGUGCAUUUGAAUUGCUCGCUUCCUUAGCAGGCAAGCUACUGCAGGAGAGCGAAAGUUCUGCUUCUAGUAAUGCAUCUGAAGCAAAUGAUCAACCUAUAAUUGGUUGUGGUGUGAAAUGUGAGCCAGAUGUAGAUAGACCAUUGAGAGCAGAAUGCCUUGAUCAUGGAAGUUGUGGAGAAAGUGCUUUUGUCACUGAGUUUACCUCGCCAAACAGUGAUCAAAAGUGCCUUCUAAAUGAAUUUCCACAUGCUGAGAGCGAUUCCAUUCUGGAGCGCUCCUCAAUGAUCACGAAUUCUAAUUCCUCAGAGAAAGUUAGUACCGAUUUGAAGUCUGUGAUUUGCAAAAGCAAGAGCGCUUGUGAAAAUAUCCCUGGUAAAGUUGAGGGCUCUUUUGAUUCUAGGGUGUCUUGUGAUGGUUUUGUGAAUAGUGGAUUUAAUAGACAGCAAGGGGGUGAUGUGCUAGAUACUGGAGGUUUGGCUGUUGAUAAUCCCUGCAGUUCAAAGGAUCCCAUAGAAAUGCGUAUGAAAUUUCCUGCAUUGAUCAAUUCAGAAAAUAAUGUUGAAUUGCCAUCAUGCAAGGGCUCUGUUCCCAAUGCUUCUAGGCAUAGGAAUGAUACUAAAUUAGGUACUCGAUAUGAUGAUGAAAACUUUUCUAGGUGUAAUAAACCUUUAACCAAGCUAAAGGCUUUUAGGUCUCUGCAACGAAUUGGAGACCGAAGAAUAAGGAAGUUACUGACUUCCAAAUACUGGAAAGUAGCUCCAAAAUUGAGGGAUUGUGAACUUUCCAGACCUGGGGGGAUGAAGACUCACUAUCGAAAGAGAAAAUUAUGCUACAGCCGUGAAAGGUAUCAACAUGACACUUUUUAUAAGAGGAGGAAGUUUGCUGACCGUAGUGUAGUUGUGACUUCUGAUGGAGGGUUCAGCAGUGAAAGUGUUUGCAAUUCACCUGAUAAGAACAUGACUGGAGACAAGAAUGGCGCAACUGUAAUGUUUCACGGAGCAAAUGGGGUAUCAUCAUCUGUUAUGGGUCAUCAAGCAUCCUUCCACUCGAAGGAUUCUCAUGUGAAGUUUAGUAUUAAGUCCUUCAGAAUUCCGGAGCUUUUGAUUGAGGUCCCAGAAACUGCAACUGUUGGUUCGCUGAAGAGGCGUGUACUGGAGGCUGUGAGUGCUAUACUUGGAGGUGGUUUACGAGUUGGGGUGCUUCUUCAUGGAAAGAAGGUUAGGGACGACAGUAGAACCCUAUUGCAGACUGGUAUCACUUCCAAUGAGAAUCUUGAUACUCUGGGUUUCUCAUUGGAGCCUAGUCCUGUGCAAGUUCCUCCACCCUUGUGCACUGAAGAUCCUCCAGCACUAUUACCAUGUGACACAUCUCAACGUAUAUUGAGGACUCCAACCACUCCUAUUGUAGAUUCGGGAAUUUCUGAUGCCUUACUGGAUCCUUCUCCAUUGACUAAUUUGGACGCUAAUAUUGAAAGUAACCACGAAUCAGUUUCCUCCCAUACUGACAUAGAAACUGACAAUACACAGUCGGAUUCCAGAGCUCUGGUUGCAGUUCCACCAAUGAAUGCUGAGGCACUUGCUAUGGUUCCUUUGAACCAGAAAUCAAAGCGAUCUGAACUUGCACAGCGUCGAACCAGGAGACCAUUCUCUGUGUCAGAAGUAGAAGCACUUGUGCAUGCAGUUGAGGAACUAGGCACUGGAAGGUGGCGUGAUGUUAAAUUGCGUUCUUUUGAAGAUGCAGACCAUCGAACUUAUGUGGACUUGAAGGAUAAAUGGAAGACAUUGGUUCACACAGCUCAGAUUGCCCCUCAGCAAAGAAGGGGUGAGCCUGUGCCCCAGGAGCUCUUGGACAGAGUCUUGGCUGCUCAUGCUUACUGGUCUCAACAUCAAGCUAAGCAACAUAGCAAGAAUCAGACUGCUAUACUGAAGAUUACUGAUGCUCAUGCUGUUAGAAAUGGAGCUGAAGGUAUCCACUCAAUAUGA